AUGGAGCACUCACCAGAAUCAAACACAAAUACCCUCUUCAACACUGACUUCUGUUUGCUUUUCACAAACCAAAUUUUGGAAAAUGAAGCUGCAAAGGGCAACAAUUUUGUGGCCUCUCCUUUAUCCUUACAUGUUAUGCUAAGCUUGAUUGCUGCAGGAUCAAAAGGCCAAACUCUGCAACAACUUCUUUACUUUUUGGGAUCAACCAGUGUUGGUGAUCUUAAUCUAUUGUCUUCGAAGGUUAUCAAUCUCGCAUCCCCGGCUGAGAACGUUGCAGGUGGUCCACUUCUAUCCUUUGUCAAUGGUGCUUGGCUCGAUCAAAGGUUCACUUUGAAGUCAUCUUUUGAAGAGAUUGUCAAAGGUUCUUACAAUGCUGAGCUCAAAAGCAUGGACUUUGUAACCAAGGCUGAAGAAGUAGUGAAACAAGUGAAUUCUUGGGCUGAAGCAGCAACCAAGAGGCUAAUCAAAGAUCUUCUACCAACUGGAUCCCUCAAAAGUGAUACAGCACUUGUGCUUGCAAAUGCACUCUAUUUUAAAGGCGCAUGGGAUCAAAAAUUCGAUCCCUCGUCGACUCAACUUCGAGACUUUCACCUUCUAAAUGGGCAAACUCUUCAAGUUCCAUUCAUGACCACUAAUAGAUAUAUGCGCCAUCUCUAUGGAUUAUUUGAUGGUUAUAAAGUGCUUCAAAUUCCUUACCAAAGGGGUCAAGAUUAUGCCCGUAAAUUUUCCAUAUACUUUUUCCUUCCAGAUGAAAAAGAUGGCCUGCACAAUCUAAUCCAAAAGAUUAAAUUCAAUCCCGGUUUCUUAAAUCAACAAUUUAAGUAGUGGUUAGAGGAUCUCCCUGAUUUUUGGAUUCCAAAAUUCAAAUUCUCAUUUGAGUUGGAAGCUUCGAAAAGCAUGAAGGAAAUGGGGCUCAAACUACCAUUUGAGGUAGGGGAGCUGACAGAAAUGGUAGACAGUCCCAACAGUGAUAGACUUUAUGUUUCAGAUAUAUUCCAUAAGUCCCAUAUUGAAGUGAAUGAGGAAGGGACCGAAGCCGCAGCCAGCACUGCUGCUGCUUUUCGUUUCCUUUGUGCCACAUUUCCAACCCCAAGCUUUGUAGCUGAUCAUCCUUUCAUGUUUAUGAUAAGAGAAGAAAUUCAUGGAAUGGUGUUUUUUGUUGGAGCCGUGCUCAACCUUCUACUGGAUGCUUAA